CAGAGCCUUCAGGGCCACCUUCCGAGAAAAUAUGUAGAAUUUGAGCAGCAAGCAAUCAAUCAAAAUUUUUUACUCGUUCAUUCAGCCAGCAGCAGAGCAGAGAUUUUUUUGCAGCUAGAGAUAAUUACAAAUAGUUCGAAAAUCUUAGUUUUUUUCUUGAAAAACCGGUGGAAAUAUCAUUUCGAAAGCAGUGUAAGAAGUUGAGGAAGGCAGGACACAAUGGAUAAAAUCGAAGUCAACCAGGAUGGUCGUCAGUCGUCCAAGGAAUCAUCCAACGAACGAGCCCAGGAGCUGCUCAAGGAGUAUCGAGAGUUAUGCGAGAAAAAUGUAAGUCUGGUUGCGGAUAAUGCUCGGCUCCUCCAGGAGAAGGACAUGUUGCAAAAAGCGAUUAAAGAUACUGAACCCGCGUACAACGAGCACAUCGAAGACCUUCGGAACACUAUCGACCUGGAGCGCAAUAGGGUUGCCGAGCUUUACAAGGCCUUCAGAUCUUGCAUCCCUCAAUUCUCUGCCUGGACUACUCACGAUUACCCCGGCGACCUGCACAACAUGAACAACUACGAAGUCAUCUUCCCUCCAGCCUUGUAUCCUGAUCUCAUUGAUAAUGGGCACCAAGAGUUUAUGCUUGUUCGCCGCGUAGCGAAGGAAGGGGAGGAGUUGGGGUCAUCGCCCGAAUAAAAGUGUCAAAGGUAGAACAUUGUAGUUGAACUUAUUCAAAUUUCAAUGUAUGUGAUGAAUUCGGAAUGACACUUGAAUAAAGAUUUUAAAUAUAAUGCAA